GAUCGGCGGCUGCGGGACACCGGCGCCCAGAAGCCGCAGCACGAGAGGGCAGGCCUGGGGCUCAGCGGAUCUCCACGCGGCCGGCCCUGUCCUUUUGCUGCCGCCGCCGGGACUGAGCCCGCGGGAAACUUUGCCCCGCCAAGUCCUCUGCCCUCUUGACCACGCAGUUCUCCUAAGGGCCCCCGGGGCCCCCGCAUAGCGCGCGUGAUUGCUGCCCCGCCCCGCCCAGUGCGUCCGCGGCGCCGGGCCGCCAGGAUGCGCUACGCAGACCCCUCCGCCAACAGAGAUUUGUUGGGGAAUCGAACUUUGCUCUUCAUCUUCAUCUGCGCCUUUGCCUUGGUGACCUUGCUUCAGCAGAUCCUGUACAGCAAGAGCUACAUCAAAAGAGGCUUCCAGUUUGGUUGGCAGAGGGGCGACCAACAGGCCAAUUGGACUGGGCUCUUUAAUGACAGCGACAGCCCAACAGAGCAGAACAUCACUGGCUCCAGCUCCAGGUACUUCGAGUUUUACAAGGAGCCUUUAGAGUUUAACUCCACGAGAUGCCUGGAGCUGCGGCAGGAGAUCCUGGAGGUGAAGGUGUUGUCCAUGGUGAAGCAGUCUGAACUGUUCGAAAGGUGGAAGAGUCUCCAGAUAUGCAAAUGGGCAAUGGACACCGCGGAAGCCAGCCUCUUCAAGUCCACCUUGUCCAGGUGCUGCAAUGCUCCUAGCUUUCUCUUCACCACCCAGAAGAACACCCCGGUGGAGACGAAUCUCAGGUAUGAGGUGGAAUCCAGCGGCUUGUAUCACAUCGACCAGGAGAUCUUCAAAAUGUUUCCCAAGGAAAUGCCCUACUACCGCUCUCAGUUUAAGAAGUGUGCUGUGGUGGGCAAUGGCGGCAUCUUGAAGAACAGCGGCUGCGGGAAGGAGAUCAAUAGCGCCGACUUUGUCUUUCGGUGCAACCUGCCCCCCAUCUCAGGGAUAUAUACCUCAGAUGUGGGAGAGAAGACAGAUGUAGUCACCGUGAAUCCCAGCAUCAUAAUUGACAGGUUCCACAAGUUGGAGAAGUGGCGGCGGCCUUUCUUCAGCGUGCUGCAGAGGUACGAGAACGCCUCGGUGCUGCUGCCGGCGUUCUACAACGUCCGCAACACCCUGGUAUCCUUCCGAGUCAAAUACAUGCUGGACGACUUCCAGUCGCGGCAGCCGGUCUACUUCUUCCACCCGCAGUACCUGAGCAGCGUGUCGCGCUACUGGCUCAGCCUGGGCGUGCGCGCGCGGCGCAUCAGCACGGGCCUCAUCCUGGUCACCGCGGCCCUGGAGCUCUGUGAGGAGGUGCACCUGUUCGGUUUCUGGGCCUUCCCCAUGAACCCCUCCGGCUUCUUCAUCACGCACCAUUACUAUGACAACGUCAAGCCCAAGCCAGGUUUCCACGCUAUGCCCUCGGAGAUCUUCACCUUCCUGCGCAUGCACAGCCGCGGCAUCCUUCGCGUGCACACAGGCACCUGCAAUUGCUGCUGAAAACCAGGCCUGCCACGGGUGUCUCGACUCCUGUCCUUCUCCCUGAAGGAUUCCUUGACCUUGCCAUUAUGGCUGCUGUCACUCCCUAAGGAUUUAGGGGUUGUCUUUGGGUCCUGGGGAGGGAGACAGGGAAACAUUCAUUUAACAGGAUAGAGCACAGAUCCAGGUCUCACUCAGACCUUUGGCUGCCCAAGUUUCACAUGGGGAAACUCAGCCAUGAAGCACCAUCUAGAAUCUCACAACUCAGAGACCAUUCCUUCCAGGGGACAGUGUGAGUGUCCUGGUCACACCGUGACCUGGCUGAGCUCAAAAGACUUCAGGGAUAUCUAAUCAAAACCCCCGUGUUAGCAUAUCCCCAAGAGUCCAGGAGCUGAGAGCCAUGCCCCUUAAAACAGCUCUUGGACACACACAGCCUUGGUGCCUCUAGGUUCCAGCCUGCAUUUAACCUUUGACAACAAGGAAAUAAACCAGACCAGCCAUUUGCACUAAGAUCUUCAAGCCAAUGUUAUCGACUCAAUAAGUGCUUAGCAAUUUGCUUCCUCUUCUGUCUCCCUAUUUUCAGCUCCAUUUUAAUCAGGAGUUAUUUAUAAAGAUCGGUUCCUCUUUAUGUCCCUGAAGA